ACUCCGAGGCAGAAAAGAAGAGGGGCUCACGACGCGCGGCACAAGAGGCGAACGACGGAGGGGAGGGAGGGAGGGAAUGGUCUCCACUCUCCAGCUUCCUGGUCUCAAGCUCUCGUCUUCGGCGCCCAGGUCUCAGGCUCUCUGAUUGGAAGAAAGGAAAGGCUGGGUUACCAUGGGCAUUUCAGCCAAGUGGAUUAAAUCACUGGUUCGCAUAAGAAAGCAGGACAAGGGGCGGAGUUCAGAAAAUCAAGAAAAGGCACAAAAUGCCGAGAGCAGUGAAGCUAGCUCUUCUGCUCGACAGCUACACAAACGAAAGCAUUCUCUGGAUCCCGCAUUAGAAGAACUUGCAGUACCUAGUGAAACAUCGACGGAUGGCACCAACACCCAGUUAGGUUCAAAUUCCAUUUCAUCAGAAAGUGCAUCACGUGAUGUGCAUGUUUCUCAGACAGAAGAACUUCCUAGAGAAGGGGAUUUGGCUGCAACAGUUAUUCAGUCUGCAUUUCGGGCAUUCUUGGCUAGGCGGGCUUUACGAGCACUUAAAGGUAUAGUUCUACUCCAGGCCCUUGUGAGGGGCCAUGUGGUGAGAAAGCAGACAGCAGAAACGCUUCAGUGUAUGCACGAGCUGGUACGAGCCGAAGCUCGUGUCAGAGCAAGGCAAGCCGGUGUUGCAUUAGAAAACCAAGUGGCGCGGAAAAAGGUCCCUGAGCAAGAUGAUUGUGAGAACCAUGUUCGAGGAAUUGAGGAAGGCUGGUGUGGCGGUAUUGGUUCUGUUGCAGAAAUGCAAGCUAAAGUACUGAAAAGGCAGGAAGCUGCUGCAAAACGCGAGAGAGCGAUGGCGUAUGCAUUGACCCAUCAGCGGCAAGCUGGUUUAAGGCAGCAGAAACCUACAAAUCUGCAAGGAUCCGAACUUGAUGACGACCACUGGGGAUCAAACUGGGUAGAGAGAUGGGUGGCUGCACGUCCAUGGGAGAACAGGUUACUUGACAAUAAUGCGAAAGAGAGCAUGCCAGUGUGUGAUGAUAAUCAGGAUGAGGAAAUAAAAUCUCAGGUCACACCAAAGGGCAAAGCGCCAACUUCAAGCACUCCUCCUAAUGGCCUGAGCAAGAAGAAAGGUGCAAGCCACAGGAAGUCAUAUUCGGAUAUAAAUUUCACUUCAUUUGGGCGAUCGUCAAGUGUACUGCCUUCCACCUCUCUGGGAACAUCCAAACAGAAGCCGAAACUGGAAGAUGAGGCUUUUGAGGAAGUCAGCUCCCAGCCCACAGAUGUAGCUUCCUUGGCUGUGCCCAAUCAGAAAGAAAGGCGCGGGCAGCUGAAUACAUCCGCCAAGAAGCGCCUGUCCCUGCCAAAUAACGUCGGCGGGGGAGCAGCAAAGGGGACAACCAACAGAAAUCCGAUGAACCGAUCCAGCAGUGCCAAGUCUGACCCAAAACCACAGGCAAACGCGCCCAACCAAGCCCGGAAGCAAGUCGAGCUGCAGGCCUGAUUGCACAUACUACCGUUUUGAAUCUGACUUGGGAAGAUCUGUUCCGUUUCGUUCCUGGUGUGUCAUUUCUCCAGCUGUGCAGGCUUCAUCUCCGUACAUAAUUUUUUCCGGAACAAGGAUUGUGCAUCUAGGCUGACGGCGUGUCUCGACUUUCCCAUUGUGCAUGGUUGAGGGGUUGCCGGUUGCGAUUGGUGUUGUUGUGUUGUGCAUUCUUGGUUUUGCUUAUGUUUUACCAUCCUUGUAUGCUGUUCUACCUGCUGAAACAAGUGAUUGUGCUGUUGUGCAGUAUUAAUUUUUCAUUUCUGGUGACAAACACGUUCACUCCUUUAUUUCAUUUUGUUUUGAGCAUUCCUGCAUCUGA